AUGCCGAGAACCAUAUCGUAUCGCGGGACAAAUAGUGGGUCAAGUUCAACGGAUCGUGGAUGGAGUAAUAGCGGAGCUACUCUCGCUUUCAUAUCCCCGCAGCGCGUACCUGCGAUCGUACAUGCACCUGCACGAAUGAACACUUGCGGCGUGUACAUGCCCGACUCCCACGUGGACACGGAGCACGUCUCUUGGCACAUGCCUUCACCGAUUCACGCGAAGUUGGAGAAGCAAUUUAGCGCAGUUGCGCGUGUCGGCACGAACCAAAUUCCAAUAGGACAAUUACGUGUCACUUUGGGCGAACACAAUUUAAGAGCUCCAGAAGUGCCGGCCGCAAGACAUGAAAGCGUCAUAAACGCGGUGUUGCAUCCUGGUCACAGGUGCGGCAAGUAUGUGGACGAUAUUGCUCUGCUGGAGCUCGCUAGACCGAUCAGUUGGUCGGAAAGCGUGAAACCCGCAUGUUUACCUGUGGCCACAGGGAAACCAGGGUAUAGUGCCUUCGGCGGCGUGGAAGCUGUAGUAGCCGGAUGGGGUUGGCUUGGAGAAGAUAGAAGCAAAUACAAGAGAGCGGACGUGCUGCAAAAGGUGGAUGUUCAAGUGGUGACGAACUCUGUGUGUAGCGAAUGGUACGCGAGUCAGAACAAGUCAAUCAGCGUUGGAGCGACGCAGAUGUGCGCCGGCUGGGAGGAUGGAAAGAAAGAUUCUUGCUGGGCUGACAGCGGCGGGCCCUUGAUGGUCGGAAGUCAACCCGCCGGACCGUUGAUGGUCAUCGGAGUGGUUUCGACCGGUAUUGGCUGUAGCAGAUCACGACUUCCCGGCAUCUACGUGAGGGUUUCCGAUUACGUUUCUUGGAUCAAGUCAAUCGUUUGGCCAAUACCAUUCCACUGUGACGAACUGAGUAGAAACAAGAGGAAAGUCAUUAUAAUGUAACACACUUAACUAACAUGUUCAAUAAA